AUAAAAUAAAAUUCAAAACUUAUAGAAAAUCGGGCAAAAAAAUAAUAAUUGAAAUUUAUCAGCGCAUCUAACACAUCUAUAUAGACAAUUAUAUAGCGUCGGCAGCGGCGCGUAUCGAGUAAAAACAAAAACUGCGAGGAAAGCACAAUUAAAGAAAUACGAAAAACUUGACGCGUUUUCUGUGCGUUUGAAAAACGCGCGCGUUUUUUUGUUUUGUUCGUUUUCCAGUGCAAAAAAAAGAACGAAUCUUUUGAAAGAGCACUUGCAGCAGCGCAUCAGCAUCAGCAGCAGCAGCGGCAGCAUCCACAGCGGAUGCUCACAAGAUGGUGCACCACGGCAACGACGAUGCGAUGAACAAGAUUCCACUCAAAUCCUCCAGCGGCUUGGACGAUGAGGAGAAGAAUGGUGGCGAACUGAUGCAGGACACCGCCGCUGCCGAGGAGGCGCGACGCGAGCAGAUGCGUGCCAAUUUGCUGGCCUGGAUGAAGAAGCUGACGAUUGUCCUAAUAUGCUUCAUUGGGAUCGCCCUGAUUAGCUAUGUGAUCAUCAGCCUGUGCUUCAGCGAUGAGCAGCCGCCAGCUUCGCUGCACAACAGCAACAACGACAGCAUCGAGGCAACAACAGCAGCAGCUGAGGAGAUUGCCAUAGCUGGUCCUGCGGUGGCCGCCUCCACGUCCGCAACAACGCCACCUCCGUCGCCGGCAACAAUACUGGACAACAGCAACAUCGAGUUUACAUCCAAAUUGGGCGUCUUUGAGCACGCGGCCGUCUGCUCGGAUGCGGAGCCUUGCAGUCAGAUUGGCAGUGAUAUAAUGAAGCGGAACGGCAGCGCUGUGGAUGCAACAAUUGCCACAAUGUUGUGCAACGGCCUCCUGACUGCCCAAAGCAUGGGCAUCGGCGGCGGCCUGCUGAUGAAUAUCUAUGACCGUGAGUCCCAGCGGGGCCAUCAGAUCGAUGCGCACGUGCUGGCACCCUACGCGGCCGAUCAGAAGAUGUUCGACAAGGACCCGAAUGCCUCCUUCACUGGCCCACUGAGCAUUGCGGUGCCGGGCGAGGUGAUGGGCUAUCAUUUGGCACACCAGCGCUUUGGCAAGCUACCCUGGCGGGAUCUGGUGGCACCCUCGCUAAAGAUAUGCGAGAUUGGCUACCGAAUGACCAAGCAUCAGGAGAAGAGUGUGCGCAACGUGUGGUCCGCCAUCAAGGAUAAUCCGGAGUACCAGAGCAUCUUUCUGAAUGUGGAAACAGGCGAGCACCACGUGGAGGGCACAUUACUGAAGCCAUCGGCGAAGCUGUGCAUCACAUAUCAACUGCUGGCCGACAACGGGCCGAUGGACUUUUACAACGGGACCGUGGCCAAAAUGCUGGCCGAGGAUCUGAAGGAGCUGGGCAGCAUUAUCACCCAGGACGAUUUGGAUGCAUACACAGCCGAAAUGCGGCACUCGGUAACCAUGCCACUGGGUGAGGAUACGCUCUAUGCCGUGCCGCCAGUGAGCAGCGGAUCUGUCGUCUCCCACAUACUCAGCAUUCUGGAGGGCUAUAAUUUCACACGCGCCGAUUUGGCGGAUGAUGAAUCCUAUGCCCUUACCGUACACCGCAUCACCGAGGCGGUCAAGUUCGGAUUCGCCCGUCGACCCGAGCUGGGCGAUCCGCGCUUCAAUGAAGUGCGCGAACUGGUCAGCCAGCUGAACAAUCCGGAAUACGCAGUCCAGCAGCGCUCCAAGAUCAACGAUAGCCAUGUGCUGAGCGGACCGCACGAGUACGGCGCACAGUUCUCCUCCGAAGAAGAUCCGUACGGCACCUCCGCGCUCGCCGUGAUCGCGCCCAAUGGCGAUGCCGUCGCCGUGACCAGCUCCAUCAAUUUCUAUUUCGGCUCCGGCCUGGUUGGACCACGCACGGGCAUCAUACUGAACGAUGGCAUGAACGACUUUGCUGUGCCGCACAAUCACUUCAAGCUGCCGCAGUCGCCGGCGAAUACCAUUGACGUACACAAGCGACCCAUGUCCUCGCAGUCGCCGAUGCUGCUGGCGGACCACGACGGCAACAUACGCUUGGCAAUUUCGGCUGCCGGAGGCAGCAAGAUCGUGCCGGCCAUUGUCGAGGUGGCCGCACGCUAUCUGUGGCUCGGAGAUGACCUGAAGGCGGCUGUAGAUGCGCCGCGGUUCUACAAUCAGCUUCUGCCCGACGUCCUCGAGUACGAGGAUGGCAAGUACUCGGAGCCGCUGCUGCAGCUUCUCCAGAAACGGGGGCACAAUCUGCAGCCAUUGAAGCUUGACUCAGCCUCCGUGGUCUGUGCCAUUGGCCGCAAUGCGACGGCGGUCUAUGCAAAUGCCGAUUAUCGUAAGCGCGGCGGCGUUUCCGGCUUCUAGGCGCAAAUGCUCGCGCACACACACACACACACACACACACACACACAAUCACACAGACACAAACACACACACUCUCAUACAUACAUAACCACACACUAGCGUAUCGUCAAGUGAGAUUAGUUUGAGAGAUGAAGCGAGAAGCAAGAAGCGUGAAGCGAGAAGUGAAGGCGAAAUCGAAUGUUUGUGUGAAAGUAUUUAAGCUAGCUAUGUCUUUUUUUACAUAUAUGUAUGUAUAUCGUAUGUUAAAUAAAUUUAUAUGCUACCUACUACUACCUUA